AUGACACCAGCCGUACGUCAGAAACUGCAGGUGCUGGUGGAUGAGCCCUGUCCCUUUGACGUGACGCCCUCCAAAGGAACCCUUGAUCCAGGGAAGUGGCAGGAUCUGCAAAUCCAGUUUACACCCGAGGAGGAGAGGUCUUACGAGAAUGAGCUGGAGUUUAUCAUUUGUGGGAGCAGCAAUCGCUUAAAGCUGCACCUCUCAGGACAAGGUCUGGAGCCACGGUUGGAGUUCAGACCCCCAGCACUAAAGAUGGGAGGGAUGCUGGUGGACAGCAAUGGGGUGGAGGCCACAGUGGUGGUGAAGAACCCAUGCAACUUCCCCACUGAGUCUCACUCACUGGAUUUUGAUGAGCAGUACCUUGAGGAGGAGAAGAUCCUGCAGAUGUCACUAAGGUCUGAGUACCAAAAGAGCUUUGUUAUGCCUCCACGUGCCAUGGGUGAGACACUGCCUCCAGAGGUGCUGCAGGACCACGAAGCACACAGGAGGCCAAAGGCUCAACAGGCAGAGCUCAAGCCCAUGGCAGAAGCCAAGGCCAGGGCUGAGGCCAAGGCCAUGGGCAAGGCAGCAGCAGAACUGCAGCGAGAGAAAGCUCUGCAGAGGAAAGCAGAAGUGGAUAAAAUAGCACUGGAAAGGAAGCUCAUAGGGAGGAAAAAGGAGCUGAAGCAGCUGGCUCAAAAGCGUGAGGAAGAGGCAAAAGCCUUAGAGGAGGAAGAGAGGCGGAAGGAGGAAGAAAGGCGGAAGGAGGAAGAGAAGCGGAAGAAGGACAAGAAGGGUGUCUCUGUGGGGAAGCAACCUCCAAAACCAGAGAAGGGGAAAACCAAACCCCCAGAGAAGAAGGAAACCAAGGCUCCAGAGGGGAAGGAAACCAAGGCUCCAGAGAGGAAGGAAACCAUGAUCCCAGAGAAGAAAAACAAACCUCCAGAAAAGAAGGAAACCAAACCCCCAGAGAAGAAGGAGACGAAAAUCCUAAAGAAGGCAACCGAACCCCCAGAGAAGAAAAACAAACCUCCAGAAAAGGAAACUAAAUCCCCAGAGAGAAAGGCAACCAAAAUCCCAGAGAAGGAAACCAAAGCUCCAAAGAAGGGGGAAGCAAAAGCCCCAGAGAAGGGGGAACCCAAAACCUCAAAGAAGGAUGAAACCAAAGCCCCAGAGAAGGGGGGAACCAAAGCCCAAAAGAAGGGGAGAACCAAAGCCCCAAAGAAGGGAGAAACUGAAAUCCCAGAGGACGCAGCUGAGACGGAGAACUUGAUCCAGAGGUUUCAGAUCUAUGAGUCAUUGCAGCAGAAUUUCUCCUACUGGAACAGAGUUCAGGGUACUGUGCAGAUACCUGUGAUCCAGAAGGGAAACAAGUUCCAGCAUGCAGCUGGAAACCAAGGUCAGAAGACCAAUAAGCCUCAGGAGAAGGUGAAGAAGAAACCUGAACAAAAAUGUAGAGACCAAAGCAAUCUUUAGUCAUCUCAGCUGGAGAUGCAAAGCAAAGUUACAGAGGGGACAGUCAGAUGAUGAUGUUCCAC